AUGAAGAAGGAGCACGAUGACGACCUGAGGGAAAACUCCAAAUGGAUCCGCGACGGAGAGGCCCGAAGGCCGCGGGACAAUGAGGCGGCGAAUAAAACCCGAGCGAAGACGCAAUCCGCCGUUGGCGUCCAGAGGCUGAGAAAGGACGAGGUUGAGGGUCAGGGGUCAUGGCGUGUUUCCAGAACCACGACGCGGGAGAGGACUUUCCUCCGAGUCCUCUGGCUCUUCUGUUUGGGAGCUUCUCCAGUCGCAGCAUUCGGUUACUUCCUGGGGGACACCAAGGCGGUUCUGCACGGCUGCGAGGACCACUGGACCCUGCAGGGGAGCGCCUCGGUGCCCUCGCUGCUCCAGAUGAGCGUGUGCCUGGACGUGAGAGUGCUGGCUCCGGGGUCCUGGGUGGCCUUCUCCUACAGCUCGGUCCGCGACCCCGGGCCCGAGCUGGGCCUGGAGGGGGACGAGGGGGCGCUGUACGGGUGGCUCCUGGGGGUCCGCCACCGCUUCCCCGUCAGUCUGGCGCCGGAUCGGUGGCACAGGGUGUGCCUGAGGAGGGACGUGCCCGGGAACUCCUUCAGCCUGGAGGUGGCCGGACGUCUGGUGGCCAAGCGGACGGUCGUCGCCCGGGCCGUCCCGCCCUCGGGCUCGCUCUGGCUGGGCUGCCGACCUCGGCGGCGGGCGGCCGACGCCCCGGCGGGUCGCGUGGAGGUGUACAUGUUCCGGAUGUGGGCCGACCUGGCCCGCCGCGGCCCCUGCGAGGACGGCGCGGUGAUCGGCUGGGACGCUCGCUUCUGGGGCGUGACCAGCCCCAGGGCCCGGCAGACGGACCGCGACCUCCCCUGCGGUCAAAGUCGAGUCCGACCGGACGGGCGACCGUUCGGCCUCGCGGAAUCCACCGCUCGGCUACUGACCGGCGGCGUCUCCUGUCGGACGCGGCAGGUGGCGCGGCUGGCGGCCGAGCUGGAGAAGCUUCUGGAGGCUCCCGGCGUGCCUCGAGGGUUGGCCCAGAAAGUCGUCCGCAUCGUCAGCAACCUGAUGGACGCCCAGCGUCCCGCCCUCGCCGCGUCCGCCGACAGGAUCAUCAGCAUGGUGGAGGACUUGGGCCUCAAGCUGCUCGUAAGCGACGCCUCUGCGGUCCUGUCGUCCCGCUCGCUGGUUCUGGCCGUGCGCAAAGUGGACGGACGCGACUUUCCCGCCGUGUCGGUCGACAUCUCCAACACCGGCGACGUUCAGAUGAACGGUGCGAACGGGUCCAGGAGGGCCGAGUCCACCGUGGCUUCCGUGUACCUGCCGUCCACCGUCACGGAGGCCUUGAGCGAGGACGAGCGCAAGCGGGUGGACAGGGUCCAGUUCACCUUCUACAGCAAAGCCGUCCUCUUCCAGGACGCCACAUUGAGCAAUCAGACGGCCGUGAGUCCGGUGCUGGCGUGCAGCGUCAGCAACGUGUCCGUCAGCAACCUGAGCGACGACGUCCGCUUCACCAUCCGACACCGCCGACCCGCGCACACCGACGACGAGGCCGUUUGCGCCUUUUGGGACGUCGCCAGGAACGGCGGCGAAGGCGGCUGGAACUCGGCCGGCUGCUCGGUGGUGAGCGCCACCCCGUGGGCCACCACGUGCGCCUGCAACCAUCUCACCGCCUUCGCCAUCCUGCUGGACCUGUCCGGGGGCGGGAUACGCGACCCGCGGCAGGCCCAAGUCCUCACCAUCAUCACUUACGUCGGCUGCGGCCUCUCUGCAAUUUUUCUGGCCGCCACCUUGUUGACGUACCUUUCGUUUGCGAAGUUGCUGCGCGACGUUCCGGCCAAGAUUCUGGUGCAGCUGUGCUCGUCCCUGCUGCUCCUGGACUUGACCUACCUGCUGGACGGCUGGCUGGCGCGGUUCCGGGCCCGCGGGCUUUGCGCGGCCGCCGCCGUCUCCCUGCACUACUUCCUGCUCAGCUCCUUCACGUGGGCGGGGCUCGAGGCCCUGCACAUGUACCUGAGCAUCGUGCGGGUCUUCACGCCGUACCUCAGCAGAUACAUGCUCAAGUUCUCGCUCAUUGGCUGGGGGGUUCCGGUCGUGGUCGUGGCCGCGGUGAUCUCGGCGGACCGAGACAAUUACGGUCCGGUCGCGUUUGGACCCUCCACGGACGGCACCUCGGGUGACUUCUGCUGGCUGCGCAGCGACGCGGCCUUCUACGGCGGCGUGGUGGCCUACUUCCUGCUGAUCUUCGCCUCGUGCCUGCUGGUCUUCGGCGUGGUCAUGGCGCAGCUCCGCCGCAUCAAGCGUCAGAACCCGCACAACCAGUCGCCGCAUCGGGGGGCGGCGGCCGACCUGCGCAGCGUGGCGGGCCUGCUGGCGCUGCUCGGCCUGGCCUGGGGCUUGGCGCUGUUCGCCUGGGGGCCGCUCCGCUUGCCCUUUGUCUACCUCUUCACCGUUUUCAACUCCUUGCAAGGUUUUUUCGUCUUUGUGUUCCACUGCGCCUGCAAGGAAAACGUCCGCCGCCACUGGAGGACUUUGCUGCGCUGCGGGCGUCCGCGAUUGGCCGACAUCUCAGAAUGGAGUCGGCCGGCCGCCCGGGAGAAGAGGAAGCUGACCGUGACCACGUCGGGCGCGUCGGCUCGCCCGCUGGCGUCUCGGAGCUCCUCGGUGGCCAGCGGCAGCACCGCCAGCGGCGGCUCGACGUUUGCAGACAGCGGCCUGUCCGAGGGCUCGAGCGGCGACGUGGUCCUCAACGAACUCUACAGACAGACGCUCACCUUUUGAGGCCGCGCCGGCAACUUCUACCACUUCACUACCGGUGAUUGUGUCCAAACGUACAUUUACAUGCCACUGUUUGGAUUUCCCCCCCCACCCCCCACCAAAGGCCCAAAUUAGAUGAGGUGACCCGUUGGCAGAAAGUUUGUCAAACCACCUCUAAAUAUUGUGUUAUUUUAAAUAGUUUCAUGUUAAUCAAAAUACGAUAACCUAUUAAUAUUUAGUACUAAUCGAGGGCCCUCUUCUCCGCAGUCCCGUGCUUUUCCAGUAGAUGGCGGUGUAAGAUUUUUUUCAAGUUGCAUUAGUGUUCCAAACAAGGAAAAUAAAAAGGAAUUCAAGAGCAUCAUCAGCAUGUGUGACGGCAAGCUUCCAUUCAGACUUGAACUAAUU